AAUCAGGUAGCAGACAGGGCGGGACUACUAAGCGUGGCAGUGCAGGUGGCGAGUAGUGAACAAUUGGUGUAUUAUUUUUCACCAAAUUCAACUUCUAAAAAGAAAUUCACGACUGGCGGUAGUAAUACGAGGCGGCGGUACCUUGAACUCCAUCUUCGGUCGACAUUUGUCCUUAAACUGUUUGGCGUUUGACAACUAGAGUCGGACAAAGGUCGACACAGAUUGACAGUGGGGGAUAUCGUUAUUAGCUCACAGGAGCUAACUUGACUCUACAUAUCAGCUGCCUCAGCGCUGUAUGUGCGGCAAUAGCAUGUCAGCGCCUUUACCUGCCAUUGUGCCUGCUGCCCGGAAAGCCACUGCAGCGGUGAUAUUUCUCCACGGUCUUGGUGACACAGGACAUGGCUGGGCCGAAGCUUUCGCAGGCAUCAGGAUACCACAUGUGAAGUACAUCUGUCCACACGCUCCCACCAUGCCUGUUUCUUUGAACAUGAGAAUGUCAAUGCCUUCUUGGUUUGAUAUCUAUGGUUUGAGCCCAGAUGCAAAUGAAGAUGAGACUGGUAUUAAAAGAGCAUCAGAGAACAUUAAAGCUUUGAUAGACCAAGAAGUGAAGAAUGGAAUACCUUCGCACAGAAUUCUCCUGGGUGGAUUUUCACAGGGUGGAGCAUUGUCUCUCUACACGGCUUUGACAACUCAGCAGAAGCUAGCUGGAGUGGUCGCUCUGAGCUGCUGGCUCCCUCUCCGCAGCUCCUUCCCUCAGGCGUCUGCCAACAGUGCUAACAAGGACAUGCAUGUCCUACAAUGCCAUGGGGAUGCUGACCCCCUGGUGCCCUUUAUGUUUGGCAGCCAGACAGCAGAGAAGAUGAAAAGCCUCAUAAAUCCAGCUAACAUCACCUUCAAGUCGUAUCGGGGUCUACCUCACAGCGCCUGUCCAGAGGAAAUGGUGGAUGUCAAACGAUUCAUAGAGAAGCAGCUUCCCCCCAUCAGCGAUGAAUGAACUCAGGAGGAGCCGCACACCCGCACAGCACCAUCAGAGUCCUUUGGGCUUGAUUCUAGCGAGUGUGGAAUCCAGGAGCCACUAACUUACUUGACAAUAAAACCACGCUGCUACUCAUAGAGCCAGACAGGACUGGGGCUCUUUGUCAACCCGGGAGAGGCAUAACGAUAAACAAUGCUGUAUUCUGACCUGGAGCCACGCACAACCCUCAGUUUUAGAGUAACUUUAGUUGCUUGAUUGUAAAGCUAUUUGCCAUUGAGACAAGCCAUUACCUGCUGGAAACGUAUGUAUUGGAAUAACUAGGGCUAUACUUUAUAGUCUAAUACCUACUAUCUCACAAUAAAUGGCCUAUUGCUAAA